AUGAAUGGACAAGUACUGCCUUCAGCAUCCCCAUUUCGACGAAGCAAAACCCUUUCAACAAAAUUAUCUCAAGAUAGCAAAUUAAAUGCAGGUUGGCCUUCUCGACCUAUUAGCAUUGGAAAUGCUUGGCGACUCCCUCUACCCCCUAGUGCCAUUAAAUGUGAUAAGACACCGCCAUCUUCUAUGAAAGAUAUGCAUUCCACUGCACGUAACAUGAAUAGUGCUGGACUACCCAAACACCGAGCUCCUAAUAAAGACGUACCUCUCUCUCCACCUUCUACCGAAGUUACAAGCAAUGAUCUACCCCAACCAUCUAGCAAUGAUCUACCCCAACCAUCUAGCAAUGCCUCCACUACUGAUACUACAGAUAAGGCUGUACCUUCUACACUACAGCAAAGUAAAAUUAACAAAGCUGGAUGUAGAUAUUUGGUUCUCCCACCACUUCCUAGAACAAUGGAGUCUUGUCUACAACCUACUUGUAACACGGAUACGGAGGCUCAGCAUGGACAUCUUAAACCUCCUAAAAACAUUAACGACUUCGGACUUCCGUCAGUACGACGUGACAUCCACAAGGAUAGGAGUUCGCCACGUGAAACUGCUGAGCUUUGCCUACCUUCUUCUCGUGAACAAUUUGAAUCAAAACAGAACCACCAAAUUCCUCAGAAAAGCCCUUUACAAAUGUCCAACCAAGGUGAAAGUAACCAGAUUAAAGAGCAAAUAAUGCAGUUACUUCUCCAAAAACCGGCCGAAGUCAAAGAUAUUCUGUAUGAUAUUAUUGAAAAGCGAUGUGGAAUAGACCUAAUCGCUGACGAUCUUGCUAAACUGAUGAGUAAAACUUCAAUUGACUGUCCAGAUAAUGACAGGAAUAUAUGUGAUGAAGUCCCAGGAAGAAGAAGUCUGAAGGAAGCUCCUGGUGCAUCGAUAGGUUACACGUCUCAUCAUAACACAUAACAUGAUAACAUUGUAUCUGAGUUGAUAUGUCUAAUAUACAAUAGGAAAAAAGACUUCAACAAGAAAGGGCGACAUUCAGCAAAUGACAUUCAAUGAACCAUAGAAUUAAUUUACGACCGCCAAGGGGGAUUUUUUGAUAUGACAAAGACUCGUGUAAAAAACAAACAUUAAAAAAAUUUCUAUUCUAUAACUGUACUUCACAGAGUCUCCCAAAUGUGUUUAAUUAAAAACUAACUUUGGGAUAAAAACUAACAUAUUCCAGAACAUAUAGAACAGUUGCACUUGUUACAUUCAUAUAUAGAAAAAAGACCUUUAAACAAUCUGUUGCUUUCAUAUUGUAAUACCUAAACUUUAGAUGUAUAUGUGUAGAAUUGUCUAGUAAAUCUAUACCAACAUUUUUCAGAUUAUAAGCAUCAAUGCGAAUCAUCUUUUGGAGGUACUUUACCGAAAAGUAUAAUGUCAUAAUAUUCUAUUCAACGUGUAUCUGCCUACCAGUUAUAUAAUAAAGAAUUAAUAUUUUAAUAGCCGCUUGGCAUAUUUUCAUAAAACGUUGUAGCCUCAUAUAAUAAUGAAAUCAUGUCCAGAUAAAACAUAUCCUCAGGAGAGCGAUUAUAGGUAAUCAUUACUCUCUGAUUUUAUUUAUAUUCUGAUUUUGAUAUAUAGUUCGUUACACAGCAUUUCUUUAAUUCUUUAACAUUAUUCACUUUCAUUUUAUAUUGCUUUGUUUUACAGACUCAAAAUUUUAAUGAUCAAUAAAUAAACUAAGUAAUUGCGCAUCAAGACUAAUGUUUCAUUAUUGAUUUCUUUCUUCUUGUCAGUUAAUAUUGUUGAGUGGAUAAUUUUGAAAUAAUCUUUUCCAUAACUGUUUGUGCACGGAAUAGGAAUAUAAACUUUUGUGUAUGUAUGUUAUUUUUGAACCGUAUAAAAUACUUAAAGGCACAUUAUGCUUCACAAACAAAUAAAUAUUUUCUUCUCAUGAGUUUUAUAACGUUUUCAUACAAGAAUAAUAAUUGUAUUUACAACAUUUAUAUUAUAAAUAUUUAUAUUAGAUUUCUAUAUCCUAAAGAAAGUAGCGAUGAAUAUAGAAUUAUUAUUAUUAUCAUAUUUUUAUUACAUUGACUUCGAUAUAAUAGGCUAAAUCUAUAAAACUAAAAUUAGAGUAAUUCUGGGACAUAGUAGGCCUUUUAUUUGAUACAUGUAUCAACGCUUUCAUUGGUAUGCCUUUUAAGGCGAUUAAAAAUUAAGCAGGGGAAAUUGUAACUUUGCAUGCUUUUAAAUGACAGCUUUUGCGAGUCUGCACAUGCUUCUAAAUUCAAAAUUGUACCAUGUCAUAUAAAAUGUUGAUUUCUACUGGUGCUAGGGAGCGUGAAUGGUUGUUUGAACUUUCCACUA